GGCCGUCAUUCGGGUCUUCGGCUGAGGUAAAUCCAAGAUGGCGGCGGUGGGAGCUUCGGGAGCGGAGACGGCGGUGUCUUCGGCCUCGACGCCAACGUCGACGUCGUCCGCAGUGGCGGUGGCUCCGUCUUCGUCGGCCUCGGCGCCUCAGCCUCCGGGAGGGAGUAGCGCGACGGCGCCACCUCAGCAGGCCGGCUCCGAGGCCGCUCCAGCCGGGGGCAACAACCCGGGCUCGGGCGGGUCUUCGUCCUCGGCUUCUUCCUCUGGCGGCGGGGCCUCGCCGUCCUCGUCGGAGUCGUGGUACGUGGCGCUGCUGGGCCUGGCCGAGCACUUCCGCACCUCCAGCCCGCCCAAAGUGCGCCUCUGCGUCCACUGCCUCCAAGCCGUGCUGCCACGCAAGCCCCCGGCCCGCGUCGAGGCCCGCACCCACCUCCAGCUCGGCUCCGUCCUUUACCACCACACCCGCAACGGAGAGCAGGCCCGCGGACACCUCGAGAAGGCCUGGCUGAUAUCGCAGCAUAUCCCACAGUUUGAAGAUGUUAAAUUUGAAGCCGCCAGCCUUUUGUCUGAGUUGUAUUGCCAAGAGAACUCUGUGGAUACUGCAAAGCCGCUGCUGCGUAAAGCCAUCCAAAUCUCCCAGCAGACUCCCUACUGGCACUGCCGCCUCCUGUUUCAACUUGCGCAACUUCACACACUGGAAAAGGAUUUGGUCUCUGCCUGUGAUCUUCUCGGGGUCGGAGCAGAGUAUGCCCGUGUGGUAGGAUCAGAAUAUACCCGAGCACUGUUUCUCCUGAGCAAAGGCAUGCUGCUUCUCAUGGAGCGGAAGCUGCAGGAGGUCCACCCGCUCCUCACGCUUUGUGGGCAGAUAGUUGAGAACUGGCAGGGGAACCCCAUCCAGAAGGAGUCGCUGCGGGUGUUCUUUCUGGUGCUGCAGGUAACACAUUACCUGGACGCUGGACAGGUGAAAAGUGUCAAGCCCUGCCUGAAGCAACUCCAGCAGUGCAUCCAAACCAUCUCCACCCUCCAUGAUGAUGAGAUCCUUCCCAGCAAUCCUGCUGAUCUCUUCCACUGGCUGCCCAAGGAGCAUAUGUGUGUGCUGGUUUACCUGGUCACGGUGAUGCAUUCCAUGCAGGCUGGCUAUUUGGAGAAGGCGCAGAAGUACACUGACAAAGCACUGAUGCAGCUGGAGAAACUAAAAAUGCUGGACUGCAGCCCAAUCUUAUCAUCCUUUCAAGUGAUCCUGUUGGAGCACAUCAUCAUGUGUCGCCUUGUCACAGGUCACAAAGCAACCGCCUUGCAGGAGAUCUCCCAGGUUUGCCAACUAUGCCAGCAGUCUCCCCGGCUGUUCUCGAAUCACGCAGCUCAGCUUCACACUCUUUUGGGUUUGUAUUGCAUCUCUGUCAACUGCAUGGACAAUGCCGAAGCCCAAUUCACUACAGCGCUCAGGUUGACCACACAUCAGGAAUUGUGGGCUUUCAUCGUGACCAACCUUGCCAGCGUCUAUAUUCGGGAAGGGAACCGGCAUCAAGAGCUAUACAGUUUAUUGGAAAGGAUAAAUCCCGACCACAACUUCCCUGUGAGCUCCCACUGCCUUCGUGCUGCCGCCUUCUACAUCCGUGGGCUCUUCUCCUUCUUCCAAGGGCGCUACAAUGAAGCCAAGCGGUUUUUGCGGGAGACCCUGAAGAUGUCAAACGCGGAAGACCUGAACCGGUUGACGGCCUGCUCCUUGGUCCUUCUGGGCCACAUCUUCUAUGUUUUGGGAAACCAUCGGGAGAGUAACAACAUGGUGGUGCCGGCCAUGCAGCUGGCCAGCAAGAUUCCGGAUAUGUCUGUGCAGCUGUGGUCCUCGGCCCUCUUACGAGACCUAAACAAAGCCUGUGGGAAUGCCAUUGAUGCCCACGAAGCGGCCCAGAUGCACCAGAACUUCUCCCAGCAGCUGCUGCAGGACCACAUCGAGGCCUGCAGCCUCCCGGAGCAUAAUCUCAUCACGUGGACUGAUGGGCCUCCCCCGGUGCAGUUCCAAGCCCAGAACGGACCCACCACCAGCUUGGCCAGUUUGUUGUGAAGGAGAUUUCAGGCAAACCUUCUCUGGGAGAGAGAAAGAGACAAUGGGGUCUUUUCUUCAUACUUGGCAUUUUUUAAAAAGAGAAAAAAAAAAACAUGACGGACUGCAGCUUCCGAAGGACUUUCCUCUGUCACCGGAAGCUCUUUUUAAAGGUCUUGCUGUACAUAGAUAUGUAUAUUUGCAUGUUGUGUGUGUGCAAGAGAGAGAGAACCAGGUCUCCUCUUCUUUUUGAGACUUAGAUUUGUACCAUUUUUUGUGAUUUUUUGAAGGCGGAAAUGCUGUGUUUUCAUCAAGGACUGACCCACAGUGGAGUACUGGCCUUUAUCCACAUUUCAGGUGCUCCUUUUGUAUUCCUGAAACUGGUCUUCUUGGAUCCCUGCAAGACGAUAAAGCAGUCCCAAGAGCAACGUCUUCCCUUUUGUGACUCUAUUGGGACGGCUUUGCUCUUUGUCCCGUUAUCUGACAUCUAGCCCUUUGUGUUGUCGAAGACUUUUAUGGCCGGAAUCACUGGGUUGCUGUGCGUUUUCUGGGCUGUCUGGCCAUGUUCUAGAAGCAUUCUCUCCUGACCCUUUGCCCACAUCUAUGGCAGGCAUCCUCAGAGGUUGUGAGGUGUGUUGGAAACGAGGCAAGUGGGGUUUUUAUAUCUGUCUGUCUGUGGAAUGAUGUCCAGGGUGGGAGAAAGAACUCUUGUCUGUGUGGGGCACGUGUGAAUGUGGCAAUUGGCCAGUUUGAGUAGCAUUCAAUAGCCUUGCAGUUUCAAAGCCUGGCUGCUUCCUGCCUGGGGGAAUCCUUUGUUGGGCAGUGAUUAGCUGGCCCUAAUUAUUUCCCGUCUGGAAUUCCCCUGUUUUCUGAUUGUUUCUCUUUAUUUACUGUCCUGAUUUUAGAGGGUUUUUUAAAAUACCAGAUUUUGUUCAUUUUCAUGGUCUCUUCCUUUCUGUUGAAAUUGUCUACAUGCUUGUGGAUUUAAAUGGCUUCUCUGUGUAGUCUGAAAUUGUGGUUGUGAGAGUGGUCCAGCAUUUCCGUGUUCUCCAAUAAUAUGCUGUGGCCAGGUUGGUUCAUCAAGCGCUCUGCUAUGGCCAACUUGAUUCCCCCAGGCAGGAAGUACCCAGGCUUUGAAGGUGCAAGGCCUUUCAGUGAUAAUCAACCUGGCCAAUUGCAACAUUCACACUUGCCUCCAACAGACCAGAAUUCUCUCUCACACCCUGGACAUUGUUCCACAGAUACAGGAACUCCACUUGCCUAGUUUCCAACAGACCUCUCAAUUUCUGAGGAUGCCUGCCAUAGAUGUGGGUGAAACGUCAGGAGAGAAUGCUUCUGGAACAUGGCCAGACAGCUUGGAAAACUCACAGCAACCCUAUGUUAAUAUUAUUAUGUUGCCGUUUUAUCUUGUGCUUCCAGUGAAUCCAAAGGGACGGAUGAUCACACUAUUCUAGAAAUUAGGCCUUCUGUCAUCAGUGCUCCUUUCCUGAUUAGAAUUAAUACCAAUUAUGUCCAGUAUUAACUUCAUUCAAACAAUUAUGCCAAAUGAGAGAGGAGUUUGGCAAAUGCACUUAAACUUUCUAUUGUUUAUGUGUGAGUUGCAGAAUCCAGGCUUUUCUGGUGCUGAAUUAUAUUUUAAUGUAGGGGCACAACCUUGCUUUGAAUACAAAUUAAUAUUAAUUAAUGCAAUUAAUAAAAACAAAUAAUAUUAAAUGAUACAAAUUAAUACCAAAUGAUGCAAAUUUGUAUUAAUGAAUACAAAUGAAUUGAUAUUAUUUAAUACAAAUUAAUUGGUAUUAAUGAAUACAAUUAAUAAAAAUAAAUAUUAGGUGAUACAAAUUAAUACUAAAUGAUGCAAACUGAUAUUAAUGAAUACAAAUUAAUGGAUAUUAUUUAAUACACAUUAAUUGGUAUUAAUACAAAUGAAUAUUAAUACAAAUUAAUUGGUAUUAAUACAAUUAAUAAAAACCAAAAUUUUAGAUGAUACAAAUUAAUAUCAAAUGAUGCAAAUUGACACUAAUACAUUAAUUAGUACAAAUUAAUUGAUAUUACAAUAAAUAUUAAUACUAAUUGAUAUUAAUACAACUUAAUUGAUAUUAUUUAAUAGAAAAUAAUAUUAAUAAAAAUUAAUAUUAAUACAAUUAAUAAAGAAAAAUAUCAAAUUAUACAAAUUGAUAUUAAUACAAAUUAAGAAAGAUUAAUUGAUAUGAAUUAAUUCUAAUAUGUAUUUCUAAAGGCAAGAGUUUACCCUGUACCCGUACUAGCAAAUCCCUACUUAUGGAUUUUAUUCUAAUCAAGAGUAUUUAUUGCCUCCAGAAAGCAAAAAACAGGAGCAUCAAGUUUGUGUUCCUCUUCAGGACUUUUAUGGGGAUUUCUCAAGAUCAUGCUUUAGGGAUUCCCAGGCUGUUUUAUUGUUUUGGUAGUGAGCAGAUGUCUUAGGAAAGGAAAUAAUCUCUCCUAUUACCCCUAACUUGGGCCCUCACGGUGUUUUUGACUUCGGCUCCCACAAUUCCUUACAGCCUAGAGGGCCCAAGUUUGCCCAUGGCUGCCCUAAAGAAUGUUGGCCAUUGCCGAACAAAACCUAGAAUUAUUGUCGAUGAUCCGUGUUUUAGUCAAUGUGUACAGUUUUAUCUUUUAGCCUUGAAUCUUUCCUAGCGAUGGAUAUGCGAAGCAUAAAGAACUAUGCAAAAAGGGGAAGCAGUUCAUUGGGUCUUUAUUUCUUUGUAACCUCUGAAACUUCUAGUCCUCAUGGCUGAGAUCUCCCCAUUAAAUAUAAUGGCAGCUUAAA